AUGGUUGGUGAUGACGUUGUUUUGCCCUGUCAGCUGGAACCUCCUGCAGAUGCUGCUCCAAUGAUCCUGGAGUGGGCAAAACCUGACGUGAAACCCAGAUUUGUCUUUGUGUGGCGCAGUGGUCAGGAACUUGUGGUGGAUCAAAACAACGACUACAAGGGAAGAUCGUCGCUGUUUAUCGACAGACUGAAGCACGGAGACGUUUCACUGAAACUCUCCAAAGUGAAAAUCUCUGAUGAGGGAACAUACAGAUGUUAUUUUCCAAAACUGAAGAAAAUAUUUUUUGUUGAGCUUCUUGUUGGUGCUGUCUCCUCACCUGGUAUCAGCUUAGUGGGGACUGACAGAUCCUCCAGCGUAGUGGUGUUACAGUGUGAGUCUAAAGGCUGGAAUCCACAGCCUGAAGUGUUUUGGCUAGACGAUGAGGGAAACUUCCUCUCUGCUGGACCUACGGAGACAGUCAGAGGUCCUGAUGGUCUCUAUACUGUCAGCAGCAAUGUGACUGUGGAGAAGAAAUCUGGCAACAGCUUCACCUGUAGAGUUCAACAGUCAAAGAUCCAUCAGAUCAGAGAGACACACAUUAUUAUUCCAGAUGAUUUCUUCAUGGCUCCAUCCAGUUGUGCUGCUUCUAUCACCACCAGUGUGUUGUUUAGCGUCAUGUUUAUUCUGGCAGUUGCUAUUUUUAUCUGGAAGUGGAGACAAUACAAAACUGAGAAGAAAGAAGAAGAAAAGAAUGACUUGGAGAAGGUGAUUGAUGAACUCAUGAAACAAAAUGAAGAACUGGUGUGGCAAAUGAAGCAAAUAACUGUCAACAUGGAGAAGGCAGAUGAAAUGGAUAGAGAGAACAGAAAAAAGAUUGAUGUAGUGGACAAAGAAAUAAAUGAGAUGAAGGGAGAUAAAACAGCAAACAAAGCACAGGGAUACUUAAAACUAAAAGACAUUAUCUCACAGGUCAACUGCAUCCAGGAUAAGAGGAAACAUGAACAAGAGAAACUGAUAAUGAACAAUGAUGAACUAAAGAAGGUAGAUAUAGAGUUAUAUAGAAUGACAGACAAGAAAAAGCAAGUAGAGAAUAACAUGGAGGUAAUUAAUGGACAAUUGGAGACGAUCAACAGGCAAAGAGAGGAGAUUCAGAAGAAACUUCAGUCAGAAGAAAAAGGGAAGAAGUAG